CUUUGGAGGUGGCAUUUCUCAGUGUCCAGAUAAAGGGACCAACACAAGACUUCAGGAAGAGGAACACAGUGCUGGUAAAGAAUGCUCAAAGUUUGGUCUUUGUCCAGACAGACAAACCCAUCUAUAAACCAGGACAGACAGAUUCCACUGGUAUAUCUUGAGGACCCAAAGAGACAUCGUGUUGGACAAUGGCAGAGCCUCCAGUUGGAGAGUGGCCUGCAACAGCUGGCCUUUCCCCUCUCAUCCGAGCCCGUUCAGGGCUCUUACAAGGUGGUGGUGCAGAAGGAAUCAGGCGAAAGGAUAGAGCACUCCUUCACUGUAGAAGAAGUUGUGCUUCCCAAGUUUGAGGUCAAAGUUCAUGUACCAAAGAUAAUCAGUAUCCUGGAUGAAAAAGUGAACAUAACAGUAUGCGGGAUAUACACCUACGGGAAACCUGUCCCAGGACUUGCAACUGUGAGCAUGUGCAGAAAAUUACUUCAUCAUUCUAGUUGUCAAAAGAAAGAGUUCUGUGAGAAACUCAGUCAACAGCUCAACAAAAAUGGCUGCAUCACCCAACAAGUAAACACAAAUGCGCUCCAGAUUAAAAAUAUGGGUUUUGAAAUGAAACUUAGAGUGGAAGCCAAGAUUAGAGAAGAGGGCACAGGUGUAGUAUUUACUGGAAAUGGGACCAGCGAAAUCACAAAUACUGUAACCAGACUCAAGUUCGUGAAAAUCAAGUCACACUUUAGACGAGGAAUCCCCUUCUUUGGACAGGUGCUUCUGGUGGAUGGGAAAGAUGUACCCAUCCCCAACAAACUUAUCUUUAUCUCUGCAAGUGAAGCCAAUUAUCGUUACAAUGCAACUACCAAUGAACAGGGUCUUGUACAGUUUUCAAUCAAUACUACUAAUAUCUUGGCCACCAAAAUUUCUGUUGUGGCCUUCCACGAACAAAAUAACUUUUGUUUUAACUACGUGUGGGUAAGAGAAGAACACGAGGGUACUUAGCACAUUGCGAGACACGCUUUCUCCUUAAGUGGGAAUUACGUUCACCUGGAGCCCGUGGCCAGUACCCUGCCCUGUGGCCAAACUCAGAUUAUCAAGACAUACUAUAUACUCAAUGGGCAGGCCACUGGGGAACCAAAAGAGUUCAUUUUCUAUUACCUGUUCAUGGCUAAGGGAAACAUCGUCAGAUCAGGAACAUAUGCUGUGCCUAUAGAGCCAGGAGAGAGGAAAGGCAGUUUUUCCUUAUCCUUCCUUGUGGAGUCGGACAUUGCUCCCAUUGCUCGAUUGUUCAUCUUUACUAUUUUACCGGAUGGAGAAGCCAUCGGAGAUUCACAGAGUUUUAAGAUUGAAAAUUGUCUAGCCAACAAAGUGAACUUGAGCUUCUGUCCAGCACAAAGUCUCCCGGCCUCACACGCCCGCCUGUGAGUCUCAGCUUCUCCUCAGUCCCUCUGCGCCCUACGUGCUGUGGACCAAAGUGUGCUGCUCAUGAGGCCCGAGGAUGAGCUGUCCCCAGCCUCGGUAUAUAAUCUGCUAACGAUGAAGGAUCUUACUGGUUUUCCUGAAAAUUUGGACCAGAAGGAGGAAGAACAUGCAAGUUGUAGCCAUUCUUAUAUCAUCCAUAAAGGAGCCAUAUACAUUCCCUUAGCCAGUUAUGAUGAAGAAGAUAUGUAUGACUUCCUAAAGGGUAUGGGAUUAAAGGCGUUCACCAAUUCUAAAAUCCGAAAACCACCGUCAUGUCCAAUGAUCCGCCCACCUGCAGAAGCAAAAAGGCAAACAAUAUAUGGAGCAGGAAUGGCAGCAAGUCCGUAUAGUCCUCAAUUUGACUCGUCUAAUAUAAUAUCUAUAAAUAAUAUGCAAAAUCCAGAGCCAGUCACUGAAAUAGUAAGGACUUAUUUCCCUGAGACCUGGAUCUGGGAGUUGGUGGUGGUGGACUCAUCAGGUGUGGCUGAAGUGGGUGUGACAGUCCCUGACACCAUCACUGAGUGGAAGGCAGGCGCCCUCUGUCUGUCCAAUGACACUGGACUUGGUCUCUCUCUUCCCGCCUCCCUCCACACCUUUCAGCCCUUCUUUGUGGAGCUCACCAUGCCCUACUCUGUGAUCCGCGGAGAGACCUUCACACUCAAGGCCACUGUCCUAAACUACCUUCCCAAGUGCAUCCAGGUCAGUGUGCAGCUGAAAGCUUCUCCAGCCUUCUUACAAUCCCAGAAUGAAAAGGGAAAGGAAUCCUACUGCAUCUGUGUAAAUGAGAGGCAAACCCUGUCUUGGACAAUAACUCCUAAAACUCUGGGAAAUGUGAACUUCUCGGUGAGUGCAGAGGCAGUGCAUUCCCUAGAGCUGUGUGGAAAUGAGGUUGCUGAGGUCUCUGAGAUUGGGAGAAAAGACAUGGUCAUCAAAACCCUGUUGGUGGAGCCUGAAGGUAUUGAGCAAGAGAAGACUUUCAACUCUAUGAUCUGUGUUUCAGGCACGGAAAUAUCUGAGCUGUUAUCCCUGAAGCUCCCACCUAAUGUGGUCAAAGAAUCUGCCAGAGCCUCUUUUUCAGUUUUGGGUGACAUAUUAAGUUCUGCUAUGCAAAAUAUACACAAUCUCCUCCAGAUGCCCUAUGGCUGUGGAGAACAAAACAUGGCCCUCUUUGCUCCAAACAUCUAUGUCUUGAACUAUCUGAAUGAAACCCAACAGUUGACUGCAGAGCUCAAGUCCAAGGCCCUUGGCUAUCUUAUCAGUGGCUACCAGAGACAGCUGAACUACAAACACCAAGAUGGCUCUUAUAGCCCCUUUGGACAGCAAUAUGGCAGGAGUCAGGGCAACACUUGGCUCACAGCCUUUGUACUGAAGACUUUUUCCCAGGCCCGAACUUACAUCUUUAUUGAUGAAGCACACAUCACCCAAGCCCUUACCUGGCUCUCCGAAAGACAGAAGGAUGAUGGCUGUUUCAGGAGCUCUGGGUCACUGUUCAACAAUGCCAUUAAGGGAGGAGUAGAAGAUGAAGUGACCCUCUCUGCCUAUGUUACUAUCGCUCUUCUGGAAAUUCCUCUCCCUGCCACUCACCCUGUUAUUCGCAAUGCCCUGUUCUGCCUGGAGUCUGCCUGGAGCACAGCACGGGAGGGAACCCCUAGGAGCCAUAGCUAUACCAAGGCGCUGUUGGCCUACGCUUUUGCCCUAGUGGGGAACCAAGAAAAGAAGAGAGAAAUACUGAACUCUCUUAAUGAGGACGCUGUGAAUGAAGACAACUCAGUCCACUGGGAGCGACCUCAGAAACCCAGGGCACCGGUGGAGCAUUUUUACCAACCCCAGGCUCCUUCAGCUGAGGUGGAGAUGACGUCCUAUGUGCUCCUUGCUUACCUCACAGCACAGUCUGCCCCGACCUCCGAGGAGCUGACUUCUGCCACGCACAUCGUGAGGUGGCUCAUAAAGCAACAGAAUGCCCACGGGGGCUUCUCCUCCACUCAGGACACGGUGGUGGCUCUCCAAGCUUUGUCCAGAUAUGAAGCCACCACUUUCACCAGGACUGAGAAAGCUGCACAGGUGACCAUUCAGAAUUCACAGACAUUUUCCAUGAAUUUCCAAGUGGAUGAAAACAACUUCCUCUUACUGCAUCGGGUCUCAUUGCCAGAGCUACCUGGGGAAUAUGCCAUAACAGUGACUGGAGAAAGAUGUGUGUAUCUUCAGACAUCCAUGAAGUACAAUAUUCUUCCAGAGAAGGAGGACUUCCCAUUUGCUCUGAAGGUGCAGACUGUACCCCAUACUUGUGAGGGGCCCAAAGCUCACACCAGCUUCCAGAUCUCACUGAAUGUCAGUUACACAGGAAGCCGUCCUGUCUCCAAUAUGGUGAUCGUUGAUGUGAAGAUGGUAUCUGGUUUUAUCCCCUUGAAACCAACAAUAAAAAUGCUCGAAAGAUCUAGUCAUGUGAGCAGGACAGAAGUCAGCAAUAACCAUGUCCUCAUUUAUGUGGAACAGGUAACAAAUCAGACACUCAGCUUUUCCUUCACGGUUCUGCAGGAUAUCCCAGUAAGGGAACUCAAGCCAGCGAUUGUCAAAGUCUAUGAUUACUAUGAGACAGAUGAGUCUGCCAUUGCUGAGUACCUAGCCCCCUGCAGCACAGAUGCAGAACAUGGCAAUGUUUGAGGACCCAUAUUUAUUCUACAUAUUUUGCUGGAUUCCUGGUCCCAUACUGUUUAGAAGAAAUGGAGUCAUUUGUCUCUAUCAAACAGACAUCAAGGAAACAGACAUCAAAGAGGCUUGUUAAAUAAAUAUAUGUUU